CACUCGCCGGCAGUCGCGGGAGCUGAGCGCUUCAAAGUGCGGCGGCCGCAGGUUUGGCCCGGAGUGAGGGAGCGGGCGGGGGAGCCGCGCCCCGCCCCGCCCCGCCCCGCCAUGCGCAGGGUCCAGCCGGGCGCCGCCGCCGCCGCCGCCGCUACCUGUAGGGACGUGGCCGCCAGCCGUCGCCGGGCACCUGGUCGCGGGCAGCCGCCUCCCGCGCCCGCCGGAAAAGUUUAGCGCCGGGCAGUGGCGGGGCCACAGGGGAGUCGCCCGCCCCUCUCCGCCCCGCCCCGCCGGGCAACUCUUGGCGCCGCCACCAACUUUGCCGGGCGGCUGAAGCGCCCGCGAGGGACGGCGGCUCCUGGGCGGGCGGAGGAGCCGGGGAUGCGGCUCGCGGGUCCCGGGCAGCAGAGGUGUUGGUGCCAGAAGAAAAGAAUGAUUGAUGAAAAACAGACACCAGGCUGUAGACACUCAUCCUUUUGCUUCAAAUACUGAUUUAUCAGUGUGUCUGGGCAUCCCUUGUGAGCUGUGAACACGGAGGAUCACUCAGGGUUAUCGACAGUACAGCUGAAGACCUGCAACUUUGCUAAAAUAUUAUCUGCUUUUGGACAUCUUUCACAAGAAGCCCUGAUAGAUAUGUUAUAAGACAAAGGACAAGCUGCACAUUUCUGUGAAAGGCUAUCAUUUGGGUAUGUUAGGCUUCCACCAAAGUCUUCAACCUAGUAAAACAAGCACCGUAUCCUAAUACUUCACAUUUGAUUUGGAACCUGUUUUAUAACAUACAGGCAUAUAUACAUAUAUAUGUAUAAUUCAUAGACUGUACUAAAAUCAACACUGGUUAUAAUUACCAAGGCAAUUUAAAAGGAUUCAGAGAUGUAUUUGUCAAGAUUCCUGUCACUUCACGCCCUUUGGGUUACUGUAUCUUCAGUGAUGCAACAUUAUCCUUCAGUGUGGGGACAUUAUGAUGUAUGUAAGACUCAGAUAUAUACAGAAGAAGGGAAAGUUUGGGAUUACAUGGCCUGUCAACCCGAAGCCAGAGAUAUGAUCAAAUAUGUGAAAGUGACCCUGGAUCCCCCUGAUAUAACAUGUGGAGAUCCUCCUGAAACUUUCUGUGCAAUGGGGAAUCCCUACAUGUGCAAUAAUGAAUGUGAUGCAAGUACACAAGAGCUGGCACAUCCACCUGAACUAAUGUUUGAUCUUGAAGGAAGACAUCCCUCCACAUUUUGGCAGUCUACAACUUGGAAGGACUACCCAAAGCCUCUCCAUGUUAACAUUACCCUCUCCUGGAACAAAACCAUUGAAUUAACAGAUAACAUAGUUAUCACCUUUGAAUCUGCACGUCCAGACCAAAUGAUCCUGGAGAAAUCACUUGACUAUGGGCGAACAUGGCAACCCUACCAGUAUUACGCUACAGACUGCUUAGAUGCUUUCCAUAUGGAUCCAAAAUCAGUGAAGGAUUUAUCACAGCACACAGUUCUAGAAAUCAUUUGCACAGAAGAAUAUUCAACUGGGUACAUGACAAAUAGUAAAAUAAUCCACUUUGAAAUCAAAGAUAGGUUUGCAUUUUUUGCUGGACCUCGGCUUCAUAAUAUGGCUUCCCUGUAUGGCCAGCUUGAUACAACCAAGAAGCUAAGAGAUUUCUUUACUAUCACAGACCUGAGGCUAAGAUUGUUAAGGCCAGCCACUGGAGAAAUAUAUGUAGAUGAGCAACAUUUGGCACGCUACUUUUAUGCAAUCUCUGACAUAAGGGUAUAUGGAAGGUGCAAGUGUAACCUUCAUGCCACUAGCUGUAAAGAAGAAAACAAAAAAUUGUUUUGUGAAUGUGAGCAUAACACUACAGGCCCGGACUGUGGGAAAUGCAAGAAGAAUUAUCAGGGCCAACCUUGGAGCCCUGGCUCAUAUCUGCCUAUACCUAAAGGCACAGCCAAUAUCUGUAUUCCCAGUAUUUCCAGUAUUGGUAAUCCUCCAAAGUUUGAUAGGAUAUGGCCGAAUAUUUCUUCCCUUGAGGUUGCUAAACCAAAUCAAGACUGUUAUUGUAACCCUUUUGGUUCAGUCCAUGAUCGCUGUAAUGACACAGGAUUUUGUGAGUGUAAGAAGGGGACAUCAGGGCCUAAGUGUGAUAAGUGUCUGCCGGGAUAUAUCUGGCACAGCUUGGGCUGUCAACAAAAUGUAUGUGACAACGAACUACUACAUUGCCAGAAUGGAGGAACAUGCAUCAACAACGUGCGAUGCCAAUGCCCUCCAGCUUAUACUGGCAUUUUAUGCGAGAAGUUGAAGUGUGAAAGGGAUCCAGGAGGCUGCAACCAAAAUUCAGCCCAGAGGGCAAUAUCACAUGGCCCUCUAUUACUGCUGACUACUCUACUAGGAGUAACUGGACUUUUCAUAUUCUAGACCCCAUAUGGUCGAUGGCAUCGUGUUCAGACUGCUUCAAAUGGAAUGUGCCACAUGAAAGCAAAAUAGAAUCCAAGCAUUUGCUACUAAAAUAAAAAAGAAACAGAAAAAACCACAUAUAAAGUAAGAAGGCCUAACUGAACUAAGCCAUAUUAAUUAAUUGUGGACAGCGCUCUGAGUCAAGACUGUUAAUUUCUGACUCAAGACAAGUUGGCAGCUGCCAAUUCUAUUACUGCAAAUCACAAUGCCAGCUGCAAAGCUUACACAGGAUUGAAAAGGCUUUGACAGCCCCCAAAAUGGAAUAUAAAAACAUUUGCUACUCCAAUAUGGUGUGCUACUGUACCUCUGCCCAGUGUGUGGACCAACCAAAUAGAGGCAUUCUUUGCUGUCAGUGCAUUGUGGGUAUAAGGAAAUCUGUUCAAGCUGCCAUAUUGGCCUGCUUCAAUCCCUGAAUCCUUUCCAACCUGUGCUUUAGUGAACGUUGCUCUGUAACCCUUGUUGGUUGAAAGAUUUCUUUGUCUGAUGUUAGUGAUGCACACGUGUAACAGCCCCCUCAAUAAAACUCAAGCCAGUCAUAUCCUUGUAUAUCUUAGCAGCACAGCAUCAUUAAGAUGCUGUGUUCACCUAUUGUACAAGAGUGGCUAUAGGACAAAAGUGUAUUUAUCCUUUUGUAUUCAAAUGAAGUUAUUUUUCUUGAACUAAUGUACAAUGUAGAUUUUUUGUAUUAUUGCCAAUUUGUGUUACCAGACAAUUUGUUAAUGUAUUUAAUUCUAAUCAGAUAUGAAAAAAUAUUACUUUUUAUUUGGUCCUUUUUUUCCUUUCAUUUAAUUGUGCAGAGAUUUCUCUGUAUGGGCAACGUGCUGGCAUCAAAGAAUAUCAGUUUACAUAUAUAACAAGUGUAAUAAGAUUCCACCAAAGGACAUUCUAAAUGUUUUCUUGUUGCUUUAACACUGGAAGAUUUAAAAGAAUAAAAAUUCCUGCAUAAACAAUUUCAGGGGAUUUGCAUUGCUGUUUUUUAAAAACUAUUUAAAGGAAACACUUUCCUUGAUCAUUUUACCAUCUUCUAUAUGAAUAAAAUGUAAAUUAAAAGGCAGAAUGCAGUUUGCAGUGAAGUCUAACACUUUUUUUCCUUUUGCAAACCAUUAAACCCAAAAAUAUCUAGAUAUUUAGAAAAAUAUACAAAACUCCAAGGACCACCCCACCACACAGUAUUUAAGCUCCCAGCUCGUACCAUUAUUCUCUCAGGUCACUGUUAUUAUCCCAAGGCUACUUUUUCAAAGUAUUAGGAUUGUGGGUUUAUUUUUAUUAUUAUUUUUUAUUCAUGCAGCUUUUGGCUGCAUGACAGUAAUGAAGAACUUAUAGUCAUGGCUUAAAUUUGUAUGUCCUAAAGCUUCAUUAAAAUGAAACGUUUAUAUAUGUACAAGUCUGCCUCAGAAAAUGCAAAAGCAGCAGCAAUCACAAAAAGGGAGUUUGGUGAUUUAACUUUUAAUAAAGUCAAAUUUAGCACUUAGAGGGAGUGUCAAAAUAUACAGCAGCAAGUAGAUAAAAAGUGCUGCUCCAGCAAAUAAAGUUUGUUUUAAGUAUUGCCCAAGGUGUAAUAAAUUCUUGGUUUUGCCUGUUAUUAGGCCAAUUAGUGUGUGUGACAACAAGGAAUAGAGAGAAAAGUGGAGGCAACCCAACACCACAGCAGUGUUUCAAAGACAAAGAAAAUCAAAAAGUAAUAGCAGCACAUAUGUUCAUUUCCAAGCAAUAUUUGGCAUGUGCAGUGUAAAUAUUUUACCAAUAGUAAUAGCCUAUAAAAGAAAAUUAAUCUACACAGACAGCAUUUUUUAAAUCAAUAUAUUCUACCUGGACUCUUGUUCCUUCGUGUUGAAUAGACUACAGUUUUGUAAACUAGAUUAUUUUGAUAGCUUCCCUACUUCCAAGUAAAAUAAAAACCAGUAAACUAAUAAAUAGUUUUCCAGUAAACUAGUAAAUACCCAUAGAAAUGCUGGGGCAGGGAGGGAGAACAUUUUUCUCACUUUUGUUUCUAAAAGAGCCCAUACGAAGGAUGUCAAUACAAGUAAACAGAUAAUACUUGUUCAGGCUAACAUCCUAGCCCUGCAUGUGGAACAUUUGUUACUCAUACUAACAUUUUCUUUUGGUGUGCUGUAUAAGAUACUUAAUCAUGGGUUUGGCCAUGUGCCAGCAGUGCCUACAUAAAAUUGUAGAUUUACAGUAGAAGCAUACCCAUGACAAUAAACAGAAAAUUAUAUUGCUGUCUCACUGCAAAAUAUAAAUGCAAAUACAGGUGGCAUACAGAGAUGAAGAUUACUUAUAAUUAAGUGGAUUUCUAAUAUUAAAAUGUGGAAUUUAAGUUGUCUUAAAGUUUAUUAGUACAGACCAAAUGUAGACCAUGUCAUUAUUAGAAAGGAUGCACUUUAACUGUCGUUAUGCACUUGAGAUUUUGUAAAAGUUCUCUGAAGACAUGUUUUGCACGUUUGCUUAUGGGAGACUGCCACCCAAUGCUAAAGUAAAAUGAAUAUCAUACCUUAA